CAUAAAUUGUUAUUUUAAAAGACAUAACAUUGGCGACGAGGAUAGUAAAAGGGAAAUUGAUUCUUAUUAAAUCUUUACGGUGUUGAAUGGGGGAGGGAGCAAAACAUUUAAGGAUUAAUCCGUUUAUUGCGGCCGAAGACCACUUAGCAACGGGAGAAAAAUGGGAAGAAUGGAUAGAAGAAUUGGAGAGAGAAAUGAGAUUUUUCAAGGUUAGAUCAGCAGAAGAUAAGAGAGAUGCAUAGCUGAUAUAUGGAGGUCCUGAAAUAAGGCGAUUGGAGAAAUGUUUACCCGACAGUGAGGAAAGUAACAAUUAUCUAAAUUUAAAGACUUAAUUAACUGCCUUAUUUUAUGUCCACUAUGCGCGAUAUAUUUUUCUAAAAACAAUUCCAUUACCUGGCGAAAGCAUUCUUUCAUUUGCUAUACGUUUACGUACUAAAGCCAAGAGCUGUGAUUUUAGAGAGUGUGAUGAACGCAUACUAGAACAAAUUAUUCAAACAACAGAAAACAGAGAUCUUAUACGCAAUAUUAUCAGGAAAAAGUGGUCCUUAGAACAAACCUUAACAGAAAUGCAAAUAAUGGAAGAAACAGAAGAACAAGUAAGGGCAAUGAACACAAGUAGCCAAUCAGAAGUGGCGGGAAUAAACAGAAUGAGAUCUAACAGAGUUGAAAAUAUAAAACAGCAUAGCAGUAAAUUGAAAUGUAAAUAUUGUGGGAAACUACAUCCAUGGAGAAAAGAUUUAUGUCCAGCUUAUGGCAAGAAAUGUAUCAAGUGUGGAAAGUUUAAUCAUUUUGCUUCAGCAUGUAAAUCAAAUGAACAAAGAAAUCACUAUGGCACGGACAGGAAUGUUCACAGAAUGUUUCAAAAAAAUGAACAAUCAAAUUCACUUGAGCAGGAAGAUGAUACUUUCAUAGGUGACUCUAUUCGACACCUUCAGGAAUUACAAAUAAGCAGCGCACAGAUAAACAGGGUAAAUGGUUCAGCAAUAGGUGCCCGAAGACACACGGAUGGCAGAGUUGUAUAUAGAGAUGCAUCAAAGUUUAAACAGAUACCACACGAUACAGCCAAUCCAAAUAUGAAUGAUUGGAGGGGAAGAGUUAUUGGGGCAAUACCAGAUCAGUCUAUCAUAGAGCCAGCUAAUGCACCAGAAACAAACAAUAAUCUUGUAGAACAAAAUGUGGUUGAAAGAAGAAUUCAGCCGAGAAGAGAAAGAAGACCACCAGACAGAUUUAGAGAUUACAUUAUAGAUUUUAAUGAACCUCAACAAUAAAUAUCAACAUUUUCAUUCCAUACCAUUAUAAACAUAAGCUUUUUAAAACAGGGGAGAAAUGUGAUGUUGUCAUUUAUCACUCUUAUUGAUUCUUAUGACGUCGUUGCUUGGUGACGUCGUCAACGUCAUUCGUUAUUCAUCUUUUGUGUAGAUCAGUUAUCAGUUACUAAAUUAAAGUUAGAAAACACAUAAAUUGUUAUUUUAAAAGA